GAAUAUAGACAGAGGGCUGACCACCUGAGAGGAUAUAUACAAGCUACAUUUCAAAGAAGUUUUAGAAUUUUCAACCUAGCUUGCCCUGAGGAAAUCUGUUUUGAGGAAAUGAAGCUGGUUCUUGUGGUGUUGAUUUGUCUUGGUACCAUCUACUUUGUUGCAUUAGCAGGUCCUACUCCAAUAUGGAAGAACUGCUGCCUGAAAUACUCAAAAUCAAUCCCUCACAUCAAGAACAUUAAGGGAUAUCGCAUUCAGGAAAAUAAUGGUCGCUGCAGAAUUAAGGCUGUGGUAUUCAAACUAAAAUCAGGCCGGAUCUGUUCAGAUCCAGACAAUAAUGAUGUGAAGGAACUUCUGGAAAUGCUUCUGCAAAAAGAAAAGUAGAAGGUGUUGAUUCCCUGUAAAUGAUCAGGACGUCUGAAUGUUUGACAUAGGAAGAAAGUAUUCAAAAAGUGUAUUUUUAACGUUCAUCUUUCAACAUUUCACGUCAGUUUUCUUGCCAUCAGAAGGUUCAUAAAAAUACCAGUUAAAUGUGCCCAUUGCCCAACAAUCAAUAAUCUCUUACUGCAUCCUUUUACAUGCUAGAGUCUUUACUACCAGGCUUAUUUUUUUCUUUGACCAUAUUAACAUAUUUCAGAAAGAGUUUGAAUUAAAGGAGUAUGCCUUUUAGGUGUUUGAAUAAAGUUAUGCUGAUCUUCUUCCAUGACUCAUUGUAGAGUAACCCUGAGUUUUUGCUCUGGAAUUCACAUGCAAAUGAUUGGUUCCUUCAAAUUAUUUUGCAAUACUACUUAUUUAACUGGAUUGAUAAUGUCAGGGAAUGCUGUUAAAAAUGAGUGACAUGUGCUGUAGUCUAGUUUGCUUGCAAUUUGCUUCAAUGUGAUUAGGAAUUAAUAAUGUUCAUUAAAUAGAUUGAUGCGCUGGUCUGUAAUUUGCCAUUUCGUGGUUUACAGGCUUCCUCAGUUUUUAUGACUCCAUGUAAGCUUAAAAGAUAAGCAUACACUGCAAAGAGAUGUAAUAUUCUGUUCCAAGCUUGAAUUACAGCAUUUGCACCUUAAGUUUGCUAAUUAUUUCAACUGCCUUUCUUGGUUGACGCAUAAAUGUUUAGAUUCAAUAUAAGAAUCAAACUAUUCUGUUGAAGAGGAACUUAAAUUAAGAGUAAUUGAGUGGAAUGCUUACUGGCUGCUUGUGCUCAUUCGUUUGGAAGUUUUAAUCAAGAAAGGAGAACAGACAUUUACUGAGGAAAACCUUAUUCAAGAUUUGGAAUCCACUGGAUGUUGAGGGGAUCUUGGGUAGUGGCUUUUCUGAAAUACCCUGUAAUUUAAUUGCACCACAACUUUCCAUUCUGGUGUACUUUUUCU